AGGGGGAUUGAAGAGAUGCAGCUGAGAUGACUCUUCAGGAAAUGGUGAAUCAGGCAGCUAGCCUGUACUCUGAUAGAAAAGCAGUUUGGUUUGAUGAAUGCAACGACAAACCUCCAACUUUCUACACGUAUGCAGCGGUGGUUAAGCUUGCCAUGGAAUUAACCGCUUUCCUUCAAAAGCACUGUGAUCAGCAAGGAAAAUGUGAAAUAGGCCUUUACUGCUAUCCAGGAAUAAACCUACCAUCUUGGAUCUUAGGAAUCCUUCAAGUUCCAGCUGCCUAUUCUCCUAUUGAUCCAGAUGCACCACCAAUGUUAUCCACUUAUUUCAUGAAGAAAAGCAAUCUUCAGUAUAUUCUUGUUGAGAAUGACAAAAUAAACAAAUUCCGGAUGUCCCACAUUGGCUGGUUUUACCACAGUUCUUCCUCAAUAGAACAUAUUGGUUUAACUCUCUUCCAAAUGAGCUCGAGCAACACUGAUUUAAAUUCACAAGUAGACGAUGUGAAAAGUAAAUAUGAACCUUUCAAAGCUAUGGGUAACUCACAGCCAGGAUAUACCAUUUGCCCAGAUCAAACCAAAGUAAAAACAUCAGAAGGAGGAUACAUGGACGUUGGCCAGAAAUACUCUUUAGCGUACGUCUUGCAUACAUCAGGAACUACAGGGAUCCCCAAAAUAGUCAGAGUGCCUCAUAAAUGUAUAGUGCCAAAUAUUCAGCAUCUUAAAUCCAUAUUUGAGAUCACACAGGAUGAUAUGCUAUUCCUGGCUUCUCCUCUAACAUUUGACCCAUCUGUGGUUGAAUUGUUCAUUGCUCUGACAAGCGGAGCCUCUGUUCUUGUAGUACCAAACACUAUUAAAAUGAUGCCUGUGGAGCUGUCUGCUGCUCUAUUUCACCGUCACCAUGUGACAGUGUUGCAGGCAACACCAACACUUCUGACAAGGUUUGGAGCUCACAUUAUUAAAUCAACAGUGUUGUCAGCAAAUACUUCACUUCGUGUCUUAGCGCUUGGUGGUGAAGCAUUUCCUGUACUGAAUCUCUUGAAAAGUUGGAAGCACAAGGAGAACAAAACAAGUAUUUUUAAUCUGUAUGGUAUUACUGAAGUGUCAAGCUGGGCCACUUGCUACAAGAUUCCUGAAGAGGUUUUUAGUGCUGAUUUUAGCACUGAUUUCCCUAUACCUCUGGGAUCACCUCUCCUUGGAACAAAAAUUGAGGUCAGAGAUACCAACGGUUCUGCGGUUCUAGAAGGCGAGGGACAAAUAUUUAUAGGUGGUGAAGAACGAAUAUGCUUUCUUGAUGAUGAAAUAACUGUACCCCUGGAUACAAUGAGAGAAACAGGGGAUUUUGUAAGAGUGCAGAAUGCGAAGUUGUUCUUCUUGGGUCGGAAGGACAAUCAGAUUAAACGUCACGGCAAACGUUUUAAUAUUGAAUGUUUGCAGCAGGCUGCUGAAGAUCUGUGUCAGGUAGAAGCUUGUGCAGUGACCUGGUAUAAGCAGGAAAAACUUGUCCUGUUUGUUGUACCCAAAGAUGAUUUAGAAGAGAGAGAAACACUUAAAGAACUCCAGAAACGUCUACCAGCUCAUGCAGUCCCUGAUGAGCUGGUACUGAUUAAAGCUUUGCCUUUAACAUCACAUGGCAAAGUUGAUAUAUCUGAACUGAACAAGAUUUACCAGAACCAUCUAAACUCCAGAAGGCGUGACAGUAAGCUGAGUGGCGCAGAGGAAUUGUGGGAAAGAUUGCAGUAUUUAUGGAAGUCUCUUUUGGGUCUCCUAGGUGAUUCCACUGGAAUUUCUAAAGAUGCAGUAUUUCUGUACAGUGGUGGAGACUCCUUAAAGGCUCUACGAUUUUAUGAUGAAAUUGAGAAGCUAGUAGGCAAAGCUGUGCCUGGACUCCUUGAAGUUAUUCUCAGCCGCUCGAUUGAAGAGGUUUAUAGACAUAUACUUAAAAUUCUGUUUCCAGAUGAAGACCAAUUAAUGAAUUAUGACAAUGUUGUGAAAAGAAAAUUAAGUGAGAACAGUGGAGAGGACUUCCAUGGAAAAUAUAUUAAACUGAAAUCUGAAAGAGGUCUUGAGGUUGCUUCAGGGUUAAUUUCAUUUAUUGCGUUAAGCAGAGGAAAUCAUUUUUUUCCUAUGAAUUUCACCAAGUCUUUUAUGCAACCCAAUAAUACAGUACAGGUAGGAGUGGAACUGCUACAGCAACCAUCCUUUCUGCACUUAGUGACUCCAAUUACGAACAAGGCAAAUAAAACCGUCUGUUGCUCUGUACAGCAGAUCCAUGCAGAAUGUAGUCAUGUAACAACAGCAGAGUUGGCAUUAUAUGUAAGAUGGAAGUCAAAUACAAGAAAAUGUGUUGAUGCAUCACCACUGGUUAUAAUACCAUCUGAAGAAGAAGUAUCUGCGUCUGUGUAUGUUGGCUCUCACUCUAAUGCAAUGCAGGCGAUUGACCUAGAUUUGGGAGAAAUAAAAUGGGAGAAGAACCUUGGAGAUCGUAUUGAAUCUUCUGCCUGCGUAUCUAAGUGUGGAAAUUUCAUUGUUGUUGGUUUGGCAGUUUUCCACUAAUGGACCGGUGUUUUCAUCUCCAUGCAUCUCGAGUUUAACUAAGCAAGAAAUAUUUUUUGGUUCCCAUGA